UUACACAAAUGUUCUGCUUUUUUUCUCUUUAGCUACAAUGGCCCAAAUCUGGUGUUGAAGUAUGACAGUUUUAAGAAGAGGCUUGUUAACAUUGCGGUUGACAACCGCAGUUCUCCAUACUAUGCACUCAGAGAUCGACAGGGCAAUGCCAUUGGAGUGACAGCAUGUGACAUAGAUGGUGAUGGCAGAGAGGAAAUUUACGUCCUUAACACUAAUAAUGCCUUCUCUGGGAGAACAACAUACACUGACAAGCUCUUUAAGUUUCGUAACGGCCGGUUUGAGGAUCUCCUGAAUGAUGACAUAAAUGAAAACCGAGAUGUUGCCAAUCGUGUGGCUGGUCGGUCAGUCGCAUGUGUGGACAGAAAGGGAACAGGUCGUUAUUCCAUCUACAUUGCUAACUAUGCCAGCGGAACUGUAGGUCCACAUGCUCUGAUUGAAAUGGAUGAAAGUUCAAGUGACCCGUCCAAGGGAAUCAUUGCACUGUCGAACGUGGCUGAGCAGGCCGGAGUCAACAAGUUCACAGGGGGACGGGGGGUCGUGGUGGGUCCCAUCCUCAGUCAGACCCUACCUGAUAUUUUCUGUGACAAUGAGUACAGCCCUAACUUUCUGUUUCGGAACAACGGGGAUGGUACAUUUACAGAUGUGGCGGCACAAGCGGGGGUUGAUGACCCGAUGCAGCAUGGCCGUGGAGUGGCGUUAGCAGAUUUUAAUCGGGAUGGGAAGACAGACAUUGUCUAUGGAAACUGGAAUGGGCCACAUCGUCUGUUCCUACAGCUCAGCAAUAAUCGCAAGCAGAGGUUUAAGGACGUGGCCACACAGAAGUUUUCCAUGCCAUCUCCUGUUCGCACUGUCAUCGCAGCCGACUUUGAUAAUGACAAUGAACUGGAAGUUUUUUUCAACAACAUUGCCUACAGAGGACCCUCAGCCAACAGACUCUUCAGAGUUUCUCGGAGAGAACACGGAGAUCCACAGAUCGAGGAGCUGAACAUCGGGGAGGCCGCCGAACCAGAGGGACGGGGAACUGGAGCAGCUGUGACUGAUAUUGAUGGAGAUGGGCAGCUGGAUCUUUUGGUGAUGCAUGGGGAAAGUGCAGCUCAACCCAUCUCUGUGUAUCGAGUCACUCAGGGCUCAUCUAAUAAAUGGCUCCGUGUGAUUCCACGCACACAGUUUGGGGCUUUUGCUCGUGGAGCAAAGGUGAUAGUCUACACCAAGCGGAAUGGCCCUCACACACGCAUUAUAGAUGGAGGAUCAGGGUACUUGUGCGAGAUGGAGCCAGUGGCUCACUUUGGACUAGGGAAGGAUGUGGCCACCAGUUUGGAAGUGUUCUGGCCAGGUGGACGUUCUGUGGCGAGACCUCUGGAGCCCAGUGAUAUGAACAAAGUGAUGGAGAUCCAUUACCCUGAGAAUGAGGAGGAGGCGACCCUAGUGGUGGAGAUCGAAGUAAGUACCCUGCCUGUCAUCCUCAUAUGUUCUUUCUUUAUUUGA